GUCCCAAGGUAAAAAAUAAUAAACAGCGUCUUCUUUUAAAAAAUAGCUUUUACAUUUUUAACAAAUAAUUGAUGGUUGAUUAGAUUAACGGCAGAAGGUAAAAAACAAUAACUAACGGUUGAUUAAUAGCAAACUUGACACUUUUUUGAAAAUUUAGAUACUGUAUUGACGUCUUAAAGUUGGGUACCAACUUGACACAAAGUUCAAGGUUAAAGUGGCAAUUUCCCUUCUAAAAAAAUUACUAGUUACCUCUGAUGCCUGAAGAGUGAUGACUGAUGAGUGGGUUUUACCCACCGACUCGCCGUGACCAAGCCGCCGAUGAACCUUCUACCAAUUCCGAUUUUUCCAUGGUUCCUUAUUCCUUGCCUUCUCCCCAAGAAACAAAGACGAAACAAGAGAAAAAAUAUAACAAGGCCAAGGUCAAUAAAGGCGAGGCGAAAAGCAAGAGUGGUGCCCAAGGAAUCGGUUCGACGGUUCUUAUAAGUGUAACUCAACGUUUCACUCGUUCGUCAGUCCCAAAACAGGAUGGCUCUUCCUCAGCUCCUCGGUCCACCGGAAAUCUAUCUAUCUACCUCUGCCGAUAAACCUACUCCGGCCACAUCCGGUGACCCCUUUAUUGAUUUACUGGUCGCUAACUUCAAUUAUACUGAUCUACCCGUCAAACCACCCGUGGGCUACACGGAGAACUUGUCUAGGACCUUCUUGUCCACCGGAAACCCCUGUCUGGACUUCUUUUUCCAUGUAGUUCCUGAUACCCCACUGGACAAUCUUACCCGCCGGCUAGAACUGGCUUGGGCGCACAAUCCAUUAACCACACUCAAGCUAAUCUGCAACCUGAGAGGUGUUAGAGGCACCGGGAAAUCAGACAAGGAGGGGUUCUAUGCUGCGGCUCUGUGGCUCUACAAGAACCACCCUAAAACCUUGGCUUGUAACGUGAGGUGGUUUGCCGAAUUUGGGUACUUCAAAGACUUGCCGGAAAUUCUUUUCCGGCUGCUUGAAGGUCUCGACGUCCGGAAAAAUGUAAAGGAUGAGAGAAUGGGAAGAGGGGUAUUGAGAAUUAAAGGUGGAAGACGUGCUAGAUUUCCGAGAAGAAGAUUGAAAUUCCAGAAGCAGAAGUGCAAAAACAAGUUCUCGGUGCCAAGAGAGGAGAGGGUUAAGAUAGAGAUGGCUAAGGCUAAGAUUGCGAAGGAGAAAGCGAGAGAGAUGAGAAAAGAGAGGAAUGCUUCCAAGGCGAGAAAAGCACUCGAAAGAUACAGCAGGGAUCCUGAUUAUAGAUUUUUACACGAUCGGAUAUCUGAUGUCUUUGCUGAGCUCUUGGUUCAAGACCUCAAGUUCUUGAAUUCAGGGGAGAUCAGUAAAAUCAGUCUUGCCGCGAAGUGGUGUCCGUCUUUGGAUUCAUCGUUCGAUCGAUCAACCCUUCUCUGUGAAAGCAUUGCAAGGAGAGUCUUCCCGUGCGAUUGCGACCCAGAAUACGAGGGAAUCGAGGAAGCUCACUAUGCUUACAGAGUCCGCGAUCGUCUGAGGAAACAAGUCCUUGUUCGUCUACGUAAAGCUCUUGAACUCCCGGAGGUUUACAUGAGUUCGAACARAUGGGACACGCUUCCGUACAACAGAGUGGCUUCUGUCGCCAUGAAAAACUACAAAGAGCUCUUCAUGAAACACGACUCAGAACGGUUCCAAAAGCAUCUCGAGAGCGUAAAGCGGGGAGAAGCGAAGAUUGCAGCAGGGGCAUUGCUUCCGCACGAAAUUAUAGCCUCCUUGGAGGACCCCUUCGGUGGUGAAGUUGCAGAGCUCCAAUGGAGGAGAAUGGUGGACGAUCUUACAAAGAAGGGGAAACUCAAGAACUGCCUCGCCGUCUGCGACGUUUCAGGUAGCAUGCACGGGAUCCCAAUGGAGGUCUGCGUGGCUCUUGGACUCCUAAUCUCAGAACUAAGCGAAGACCCAUGGAAGGGGAAGGUGAUCACUUUCAGCGAGAACCCCCAGCUUCACAAGAUCGAAGGAGACAAUCUGAGAUCGAAAACAGAGUUCGUGAGAAAGAUGGAUUGGGGGAUGAAUACAGAUUUCCAGAAGGUGUUUGACCUGAUAUUGAGAGUCGCCGUUAAUGGAAAACUGAGCGAAGAACAGAUGAUCAAAAGAGUUUUUGUGUUCAGUGACAUGGAGUUCGACCAAGCUUCAGAGAACCCUUGGGAAACAGAUUACGAGGCGAUCAGAAGGAAGUUUCGGGAGAAUGGGUAUGCAUGUGUGCCGGAGAUCGUAUUCUGGAACCUAAGGAAUUCGUUGGCGACUCCGGUGGCAGCGCAGCAGGAAGCGGUGGCUCUGGUGAGUGGGUUCUCGAAGAACUUGAUGACUGUGUUUCUGGAGAAAGGUGGGGUUUUGAACCCAGAAACGGUGAUGGAGCUAGCCAUCUCUGGCGAAGAAUAUAAGCCUCUCGUUGUACUUGAUUAACGGAAUUAUAAGCAAAAAUUAAAUAAUAAUAAUAA